CUCCCGCGACGCAUGAAACGAUCGCUUCUUCACGUGAAAAUUCAUGAAGCGAAGUACCCUAUGGAUUUUUCUAAAAAUGACUGCCGUUGUAGCAGGAUUUACGGCUGCUAUGGACGAGUCUGUCCGCAUCUCAUGCGCUAAGUACAUCACAAGCAACCUUCUCAAAAGCUGUGGUACAUCUGCAGACACGGGUGCAAUAAUAAUUGUCAAAUCUUUCAACACUGUGCCGGAAUGUCAGGAACUCCGAGGAAGCACGGACACUUCCCCGCCACGUCUCCGUGUGGCCCUUCCCGACAGCUACGGCACCUGGCUUUCCCCAGCACUAACCCGCUUUUCCAUCUUGUACGGCAUCCCGCUCAACGUCACCAGUGUGCCCCUAUCCCAAUGGCUACAUCUCUGGGAGCAGCGCCCACCGACGCCUCUGCCUUCCUCGCCAUCCCCGCUGCCACAAGCGCAGCAGCACGAACAACAGCAGCCGCCCCAGCAACAGCUAUUCUCGUCCGACUUCUCGGGUCGGGAUUUCAGCCAGUCAUAUGACGUACUGCUGCACCCCGCCGCCGUGACACUGCAAAUGGCAGAAGAGGGUCAACUCACGGACCUAGGGGACUUGCUCAACUUGGUGCCAGGCAACACGGAGUGGCAUAGUAUUCUUCCGCAGCUGCGUCUAAGUCUGGGCAGCUACCAGGGCGCCAUCGUAGGGUUGCCUCUGGACGGGUCCUUGCUGGUGACAUUGUACCGUGAAGAUGUGUUAAGACAGCUGGCGAUGAGGGUGCCUUCCUCAUGGACUGAGCUGCUGGACUUCCUGUCCAUGUACGACAUGGAACGGGAACGAAGGACAGUUACCGCAUCACCAGUGGGGGCGGCGUCAGCUGCUGCGGUGACGGCGAUGGAACCGCUGCCGCCUUAUGCGCUGUGCCUGCCGCGGGGUGCAGGCUGCUCCCAGUUGUCCUACCUCCAGGCAAUCUGGACGAGCAUUGCACAGACCCACGGGUCCAGUCAGGGCGUCCAUUUCGAUUCCUCCACGCUUCAGCCUCUGCUCGACACGGCAGCGGCGGCGGAGGCCUUCCGCAUCAUGGCGCGGCUGCUGGCGGGGGCGGCGCCAUCCGAGCCGGACGAGGGCUGCAGCCACGGCAGCUCGGGUUUUGCAAGGGGGCGUUGUGUGCUGGUGCUGGCGGGUUUCGUGGCGCAGAUGCGGGUCGGAGGAGGAGGUGAUGACGACGGUGGUGACGACGGCGGCCGCCGCGUGGAGAGCCGGCGUCUCGUCAACUUCGCUCCCCUGCUGCUGGAGUCGAAUCUCGUGGGGGCUGUGAGCAGCAUGUACGGCACGUCCGAUACCUUCACGAAGCUCAUGGCCUAUGAGCUGCUGUCGUACCUGGCGUCGCCUGACCGGUACGAUGUUGACGGCGAGGCCGCCGCCGCCAUUACUGCGGCAACAGCUGCUUCAUCUUCGCCGGCAGCGUUGCCGCCUCUGGUCCUGCCGCUCGUCAGCGUCUCGCCCGUACGGCUGCCGUACUUGGUAUCGCAACGCACGGACUUGUGGUCGCAGGCAGGGUACGACACUGGCGUCUUGGUUUCGGCGUUGCCGCUUUUGGUGGAAGGCCUCAACAGCCCCAACCUGGCCAUGGGACUGAGAAUGGCGGGCGCCACGUACUACAACGACCUUUUGCAGUCAAUUCUUGACGACAUGAAAUCAGGUGUCAUACAAGUCGAAACAAAUCUUGGAAACACAGCCGCUCAGCCGCCGUCGUCGCCACAGCAGCAGCAAAGUCGACAGCGGCGCCUGGCGACGGCGAACUUUGGGCGUCGUACAGCGUUGGACACCACGGCGGCGGCGGCGACGGCGGUUGUACGGACGCUGGAAGAGGCACUGGCGGAGGCGCAGGCAGCGGCGGCAGCACACUACUUACCGCAGGCCUACCUCCGUCGCUAUCGUGCAUCCCUGGACAUCGUGCCGCAUCUUCCCCGUACGAAGUCUGACAGGGACGACAACGGCGACUCCGAAACCACGAGCACCGGCGUCGGCCGCAGCCUCCGCCCAGGCUCCGGAGCCUUCGUGGUGACGGCCUGUACCGUGUCGGCGGUUACAGCGCCGGUUGUCAGCUCCGAAACCACCAUCCUGGUGACCGACAUUGAGAGCUCCACCAAACUUUGGGAGACGUUGCCUGCUGACGUCAUGAGUGCUGCCGUACAGCUGCAUCAUGCCUGUAUCCGCCGACUUGUGGUGGAGCACUGCGGAUACGAGUCAGCCACCGAGUUCCGCCCAGGCAGCAUGCACCAGUUGCAGGGUGACUCGUUCAUUUUGGCGUUCCGUACCGUCAAGCAGGCGGUGGUGUUUGCAAUGGACCUCCAGGCCCAGCUGCUAGUGCUGCCUUGGCCCCAGCAACUGCUACAAGAUGAGGAGCUCAAAACACGGAAAAAUAUGCCUCGUUGUUCGUCCAUAGAGAUGUUUGCAAUUUUUUUUGUCGUGGCCCUAAAUAUCCUUUUUUGGAUAACUAUAUUGCGGCAGAUCUGCGCAGCGGUGUACACAGAGCUACCGGAAGGCUUUCCAUUCCACCACCACCACUUCGACGGCGCUGCCGCCGCCGCCGCCGCCGGCGGCGGCGACGACGGCGACGGAUACACCGGCGGCGGCGCGGCCGGCGCGGCCGCUGCAUCUGCAGCCGUGACGGCAACCAGCCCUUGCGGCGGAGUCGACAGAAUGCGGCUCGGGCUUGGGCUGGCCCUAAGCCAUCGGGCCAUCGGUACCGACGGUGACGGCGGUUACGGCGGCUCAGGGAUUGUGAGCGCCGCCGACAGCUUCAGCGCGCAUCGGACGACGACGGAAAGGGUUACGAACGUAUUGGAACUCAAGCCGCCGCUGCAGCGACUGGAAACGUCGCCUCCAAGUUUUGGCAUGUCGCCGCUGCCGCGACGCAAGUUGGCGGCGGUGCGGAUGCCGCCACGAAGCCAUAGCCAUAUGGCGCUGAUGGCACCACUCGCCGCAGCCGGCGGCGGUCUAGGCCGCGGCUCGCUUCCGCGGAGGUUGUUACCGGCGGCGGCGGCAGGAAUGUACGGCGCUGCGGCGGCAGCGUCAACGCAGGAGGGCUCUCCCAGAUCGGAUGCGACGCAGCGCACACGAUCAGCGACAAGCGGAGGCAUUGUCCUUAUCGUUGGCGGCGGAGAUGACGCUGACGGCGGCGAUGCCGGCGGCAGGUCACCCGUUACCGUACAACCCCGUCACGUGGUUAUGACGCCGCCGCGGCGGCGGACUUCCGGCAACGGUGUUGGGGAUGUCAGUUGCGACAAUGCCGAGCCAAGUGCCGGGAUCACGCCAGUCCUGCUGCCGCUGGAGGGUACGGCAGCGGCGUCGCCGCUGCCACCGCAGCGGUCCGUACUUGCGCUGGCUCUGACUUUGCGGUCUCGACGGUCCUCUUUGGGGCCCUACGAACCUCCAACUACGUCGCGGGGUUGGAUCGCGGAGGCUGCGGCAACAGCGGCGACGGCAAGGGCGGCAACGUCGCCAGGACUGUUGCCGCCGCCGAACAGAUGCACCGGGCCGCCGUCGGCGCUGCCGUACGAGCGCGGCAACGGCGGUCCUCUCAGCGGCGGCGGCCUUAGCGUCUGCUCCGACGCAGCCCUUAGCGCCUGCUCCAGUCACAGCGUCCCAACGGUUGGUCUGGCGGCUGCAGCGGCGGCUGCGGCGGUGGCCGAGGCCGAGGUGGUGGCGGCGGAGUCGCCGCCACCGCGGCUGUCACCGCCGCUGCUUCCAGGCCCGCCGGCCCCCGGCAAAACCCUGGGCCAGGUGUUAUCUGAGCUGAGGCAACCUGGCGCUUCCGGACACGGAGCCUGCGGAAGCGGCCGGCGUUCGCUCAUUUUCAGAGGCCUCCGCGUGCGCGUGGGCAUCCACACCGGGGUGUACAGCGAGGCGGAGAUGCAGUACAACCCCGCCGCUGCGCGGAUUGUGUACGGCGGGCCGUGCGUGGCGGCAUGCAAGGCGGUGGCGGACAUGGCACACGGCGGGCAGGUGUUCCUUAGCGGGUCGGCCCGGGCUGGAUUGGAGGCCGCUGUCCACCACCACAACGGGGGCCGGCAGGGGGGUACGCUGAUGCUGCAUAUGGGAACGUUCGUGAAGGGACGGCCGGCGGUGACGUCAUCCUCGGCGGCGCCGUCGGCUGUAGCUGCGGUAGCCGCCGCGCUCUCCCUGCCCGGCGUGGCCUCCGACGGCGCGCUUGAUGCGCUGGUUGUACGGCACCACUCUCGACCGUCCUGCCAUAACUCCGCCACGGAGGCCGCCGCCGGAUCGGCGGCAAUGGGGGCGGCAGCGACGGUGGCAUGCACACCGAACUCGUACAGCAUCGCCGCCGUCGUCGGUGGCCCCCGAACGAGCUGCAGUGACGGUGGUGGCGGCGGCUGCGACUUAGUACGACCCUCGAGAGUGGAGCAGCUGCCGUCCGCGUCGGCGCCGCGACCGCCGGCGCCGCCAGCUGCGGCGCCGGCGCCGACGUCAGCCGCGGCGGAGAUGCAAGUAUACUGGGUCACGAGCGCCUCUUUGGCUCAGCGUCUGGCGAUCGUACCGCCGCCGCGGGUGCCCUCCGACCUCAUCGCCCUGAAUGACGUGUACGACGCGCCGGUCGGCCGCGUGUCGUACGUCGUCGUACAAGUGCCUGCGGCAGCAACGCUGCUGGCGUGGGACGAGCGUGUUGCGGAAGAGGCACUUCGGCUGUUCCACGACACGGCGCAGGCGCAGCUGAAAACGGUCCAGGGGGGUUACAUGUCAAGCCCGCACCCGGGGGAGCUCUACGCGGCCUUCACCUCCGCUGUCUCUGCGGUUCGUUGGGCGGAGGGGCUCAGGUCGCAACUGCUGGAGGCGGCCUGGCCGGAGGUAGGCGGCCGGGUGGUGGUGGUGGUGGUGGUAGGUGGUGGAGCUGCUCUCACACGAGCUCUGCGAGCCAGUGGAGGUCACAGAUUCGGAUUCGGAUUCGGAUUCCUCGUCAGAAUCCGGAUCUGGAUCCAGAUCCGGAGACAACAGCUCAGUGGCCGAGAUCCGGAAUCGGAGCAUGCGGUGGCUGCUGCUGCGACGGCUGCGGAGCCUGCGGGCAGCGCGUCUUGUCAAACCAUCACGGCAGCGGCGGCGGUGGCGGCAGCGGCGGCUGCAGUACCGAUGCCGAUGGCGGACAGUACGGCGCCGGCCCUCAGCAGCACCUCGGGAGCAUUCCCGCAUGUGCCGUCAAGGUUUUGCCUCAUGCAUCGGAGCCGACGCGCCGGCUCCGCAACACCGUCGUACGUGCCACGCCGCGCCGCCACCGGCGGCCCUUCUGCAUACGGUGUGGUGUCUAUCGCCGUCAUGGCGGCGACAGCAGCGAAUGGCAGCGGCGGGGGCAGCGGCGGCGUCGCCGCCGCCAGCGCUGCCGCCACUACCGCCCCGUCGUACAGCCAUCGGUCGUGCGGCGUGCUGCAGCAACAGCACCGUGGACGGGCGUUGUCGCCCUUCCGGGGGUCUGGCGACGGUGGCGACGGUGAUGAUGAUAUCUCCUCGUACGGCAUUGGCGUCGGCAUCGGCCGCGGCGGUGCGCCGUACGGCAGCCUUCGGCAGACGCUAUCGGAGGCCCAUGCGCUUUCGUGCCUGCAGCGGGCGUCCUCAGCUCGGCCUAGCUUACAGCGUGUAACCGAGGGCCUCCCUGGCGCUGCCGGCGCCACUGAUGCCGACGGCGACGGCGACGGCUGCGGCGAUGGCGUCAUCAAUGAUGCAAAUAAGGGCUCGGCGGCCGCAGCGGCGGCGGCGGCGGCGGCGGCGGGUGCCUUGACGGGACCGGCGACGGCUGAGGCCAACACAUCCGCCGGCGGAGCAGUCCUCACAAGCGGAUGUGACAUAUCGUACGGCAUGGCACACGCGCGCCCCGUCGUCAUACCGUACGGCGGCCUGACCUCUGCCGCUAUGGCGGACUCCUCGCCGUUGCUGCUGCUACAGAGUGCGGAUCUUCCCGUUGAGAGCGCGACGGAAGAAGCUGCUGCCACGUCCACGGAUGCGCAGAUGCUACUGCCCAUUUCGUCGUGUCCAACUGACAACGGUGACGAAGCGACGGUUAGCUACAGCAACCGUUACAACAACGGCCAGCGUGAUUGCCGUUGUAGCGGCCAAAGCCGCGCCCAGGAUUUGCAGGCCUCCACGUCCCUCAGCCAGGGCAGCAUUCGGCAAGCCCUACCCCUCUUCCGCGGCGCGUGUGGGUUGUACUGCAGCGGUGGCGGCGCCGGUGGCGGUGAUGGCAUGGCAGCCUCCUCUGCUCGGUGCUUUUGUAGCUCUUCUCUGAACGUGGAACUCCGCAACGGCGGCUCCGCCAGCGGCUGUCAGUUUUCCUCGGAUGUGGGGGACUUCCUGUCGUACACUCACCAUAACUACCCGUGCCGUCGCCAUCGCUGUUCGCCCGCCAGCACGUCCCCGCUGCCACCGAGUGCAAGCUGCAGCAGGCUGGAAGAGGGUUAUGCCGGCAGCGUCGCCGCUGGUGGCGGCGGCGGGGCGCCCGCGGUCGCCGCGGCAGCGGCAGCGGAGGCGGAAGUGGAAGCGGAGGCGGAGGCGUUGGACGAAAUCCUUCCGCAGCGCGUGCCGCCGCGAGGCUUGCCUUGCGAGCCCAGCGACGGCGGUACUGGAUGCAGCGGCGCAGGUGGCGGCGGCGGCGGCGGCGGCGGCGCCACCAGCUGUCUUGGCGCCGCUGGCGUCGCCGCCAGCGGCAGCGCGCAGGCUGGGACGCGGCGCUCCAAGCGGCUGCUGCUUCGCGGCUUGAGAAUGCGUGCAGGCGUUGCCACUGGGCUAGUCAGUUGGAGUGUUCAGGACCACACCCACGAUCCGCCGUCGCCAUUGCUUCAGCAUCAGCUGGUGCCGCGGCCACAGCCGCCGGAGCAGCCGUACAGCAGCAGGCAAAGCUGCUUAGCAACUGGCAGCGGCGUCUCGUCCUCGUCGUCACCUUCAAUAAAGCCGCUGUGGCAACAGCAACACCAGCAGCGGCAGCAACAGCAACAGCAACAGCAGCAAUCGCAAGUCAUCGCCUGUGACACGAACAGCUGGGGACAGAGCAAUGGCAACACUCUUGCCGCCGCUACCGCCGCUACCGCCACUCGUACAUCUGCACCGGCAGCUGCGGAUGCGGCUGCGUGUGUGGCCACCGACGACCUGGCGGCCUUAACUCAGCUGGUGGCGUUCUCUCCGCUACUGCCGCUACACCACCACCACCACCACCACCACCACGGCGGCGGCGGCGGCGGCGGCGGCGGCGGCCUACUGAGAGCUCACCAUCCGCACUCCCGGAGGGGAAAGUGCCAUGUGUUCGUCUGCAGUUCUUACCAUCCGCGGAAGCCUGGCGCUGAUGCAAUUAGGCGGCGGUUCGCUGCUGCCGUCGGCUGGCUUCCGCCGCCGCCGCCGCCGGCGCUGGACAGCAGUGCCCCCAUGGCGGUCGACCGGAGGAGUGGCGGCACGACGGCGACGACGGCGGCGGCGGCGGCGGCGGCGGCAGUAUCGCCGACGCCGUCGAGGCCAUUACGCACCUACGACCUCUUCAAUGCUUCCCGGCCGAGCGGCCCCCCUGGAGCUCAUGUCGCGCCCUGGCCAGCGCCAUCACAGCCCUCGACCGCAGGCCCAUCGUCGGGCCAGCUAGCUCGCUGUGCUUUUGGCAUCCGUAGCAUAGCCGGUGGUGGCGACGGCGGCGACGGCGGCGGCGGCUGCAAGCGAGCUGAGGACAUGGCCGGGCGUUGGGGCUGCUCCUCGCUCAUGCCGUAUACUGGCGGCAGCGCCGCCCGUAGCGCCGCCAGUCUGCCGCUUCCCAGGGUUUCGGAGCUGUCCUUCGGGAACCGGGAGGGGGAUGGUGAAGCGGCGGCGCCGCCGCCGCCACCGCAGCAGCACCUCUGCGGCGACAGCGAUGGCGAGAACAGCAAGGGCGUCCUGUCGUACUACCCAGCGGCUCCGGAAGCCCUUUCGAAGGGACAAGAUUGCGCCGCGGGGGGGCACGUCUCGGGGCGCACCGCCGCCACCGCCGCCGCCGUGACCGGCCGCGGCGGCGGCGGCGACGGCGGCGGCGGCGACGGCUUGGAAGCUGGAGUGCACGUCGACGGCGGCCUUCCAGCUGCGAUUGCGAGCCUCGUGGGCUGCACCGGCCACAGCGCCGGGAGCGGUGCCGGCGGCGCCUCUAGAGCCUUGCACAGGGCCGGCCUGACACGGGACACCGGCGUCUGCAAGCCAGCCCCGGUACCAGCGUCAGUGCUGGCGUCGGUGCCUCCGCGGCAGCGCACAUCUCCCGGAAUUGUCCCGGGAACGCCUGCCGCUGCGCCAUCGACGGCGCCGCCGCCGGACGCGGCGUCUGCGGACGAAUUGUGGUCCCGCCAUUGUUGGUCGCGCCUGCCCAGGAAGCCCUCCUGUUCCGCUGCGACAUCGUACGGCGCGACUCAGGACUUUACGGCCGUAUCCGCCGCUACCUCCGGGGGCCCCAGCGACACCCGGGAUGCCAUUUCCCACACGCCGUACAUUCACAACCUUCAGCAACAGCGCGAGGUUCCGCUGCUGGCGCCGCCGCCGCCGCCGCCGCCGCCGCUGCGCCAGCUGGGGGCUUGGCAGGCGCAGCAAGAGCAACUUUGUGACAGCAGGCCCCGCUCGCACGGCGGCGGCGGCGGCGACGGCCGGGGCGGCGGCGGCGCCAGCGGACUUGAGGAGGAGGAGGCGGAGGAGGAGGAGCACAGCUUGUCGUUUGCCGCGUUGCAUUUUCGCGAGGCUUGGGGUGGCAGCACCUGCCUGGGCGGUAUCUGGCGUACGGCCGGCGGCGGCGGCGGCGGCUCCGCAGCCGCCGCCACCUCGGCCACUGCCAACGGAGACGCAGCUGGAUACGGAGACAGCAAUGGUAACGGUGACAGUCAUGGCAUGUACGGAACACCCGACAGUGCUGGUGCGAGUGACAGUGGCGACGGCAGCGGCAGUGGCGGAAAAAGUCUGCCGCUCGAACAUCACGACCCGACGUCUCUUGCAAGCUGGCAGCGGAACCCGUCGACGGCCGUCCUCUCAGCGACGCCGCCGCCGCCGCCGCCGCCGCGGCUACCGCUGCCGCCGUCGCCGCGACCCGUGGUGCGCGAGUCUCCCAAGGGGUGCCCUGGACGGCUGUGUACGGCGGAUGACCAGUUGCCGCGGCUGCCCCGCGCCAUGACGGUGCAGGAGCCUGGCGGCGAGGAGUGCCGUACAGGGGCUGGAAUAUGUGGAGGUCCGCUGGUGAGGUACCUGACGGAGCCGGUGGGCUGCCGCUACACUCCACCGCCGCCGCCACCGCCACCGCCACCGCCGCCGCCGCCACACCACCAACACCAACACCAUCACCACAAUCAACAGCAACAGCAGCAGUUGCGACAGCAGCAGUCGCAGGGUGGUGUAAGGAUGCUGGGUGCUGGUGGUACGGAUAGCAGUGCAACUCAGAAGGAGGCGACGGCCAGCGGGUCGUCAAGGCAGGCUGACAGCAAAGGCGGCGCCGACGGCGGCGGUCGAGAUGCUGACGGCGUCGGUGGUGCCACCAGCGGCCUCAGCGGCAGCCCGUACUGGACAGGAGAGUUGGAUGAGUACGGCAACAUCAGCAAUGGCAACGGCGGAGGCCAUUGCGGUCGUGGCGGCGAUGGUGGCGAUGGUGGCCAGUACUUUGGGUGUUUAGAACCGCCGCCCUCUGAGCCCUCUGAGCAGUCUGAGCGGUCUGAGGCCGCUGAGGCCGUUGAGGCCUGCCGCUGCCACAGACGAGAUCGUGUACGGCACUGGAUCCGGAUGCAUGCUUAG